AUGCCCUCGUACGCCAAGGAGCUCGAGGUCGCCCAGCUGGCCGUCCAGCGCGCCUCCAUCCUCACCAAGCGCGUCUUCCACGAGAAGGCAAAGGGCACCGUCGACAAGAACGACAAGUCCCCCGUUACCAUUGGCGACUUCGGCGCCCAGGCCCUCAUCAUCUCCGCCCUCCGCCAUCACUUCCCCGACGACGAGAUCGUUGCCGAGGAGGAGGCCGCCCAGCUGCGCUCCGAGCCCGCUCUGCGUGACCAGAUCUGGGAACUCGUCCGCACCACCAAGCUCGAUGACUCCUCAGCCGAGUCCUUCCUCGGUGGCGCCAUUGAAUCUCCCGAGAGCAUGAUGGAUCUCAUCGACCACGGAAACAGCAAGGGGGGUGCUGCCGGCCGCAUAUGGGCCAUCGACCCCAUCGACGGUACUAAGGGAUUCCUCCGUGGCGGCCAGUACGCCGUUUGCCUCGGCCUCAUGGUUGACGGCGACGUUAAGGUCGGCGUCCUCGGCUGCCCUAACCUUCCCGUCGACGAUAAGGCACCUCUGACGGCCGACAUUGGUUCCAACGCCAAUGACGACACAGGUUACGGCGUCAUCUUCUCCGCUGUUCUUGGCCAGGGCGCCACCUCCCGCCCGCUGCGGACGGGCACCAUUGCCGAGGGUGCCCACAUCUCCAUGCGGCCCAUCACCGAGAUGUCGGCAGCGACCUUCUGCGAAAGCGUCGAGGCCGGUCACAGCGCACACGAUGACCAGGCGCAGAUCGCUGCCAAGCUCGGCAUCACCAAGCCCAGUGUCCGCAUGGACAGCCAGAGCAAGUACGGCUCCAUCGCCCGUGGCGCCGGCGAUAUUUACCUCCGCCUGCCCGUCAGUGCGACAUACCAGGAGAAGAUCUGGGACCACGCGGCGGGAGACCUCAUCGUGCGCGAGGCCGGCGGCCAGGUCACGGAUAUCCACGGCAAGAGAUUGGACUUUUCCGUCGGCCGGACAUUGGCAAACAACAAGGGUGUCAUCGCCGCGCCGGCCGCAGUGCACGGAGAUGUCUUGAAGGUUGUACAGGACGUUCUAAGCUCAAAAUCCACCUAG